ACUCCUAUAGCAAACAACGAUUUGGAAACCCGGGCAGACCUCUGCAGAGAAUUUCUUCAGAACGCUUGGCGGUGUCCUUUUCUUCUUUGUCCUUCGUGAACGCGUGGAGUGUACGACAGUCUUCCGGUCCCGGCGAUAUCUCGUUACCAUUAGACACCACAAACGGAGGCUGUUAUGAAGUCGUUUAACAGCGGCGCCUCUAUCGCGUUAAGAUAAGACUUGUGUUGCCCGAGGGACCGCCGCUUCAUCGACUUAUCUUCUCCUCGAGUUACCGAUUGGCGUCCGCGAGGAAGUUAAAAAAAGGCGAGAAGAACCAGUCCGGGGCCGAAGGGGACAGUUGACUAUCGAUGAGCUCCGAUUUCCAGCACUACAGUUUCAGGAUGCCGAACAUAGGGUUCCAGAACCUCCCUCUUAAUAUUUACAUUGUUGUAUUUGGGACGGCCAUUUUUGUCUUCAUCCUCAGCCUUCUCUUCUGCUGCUACCUGAUAAGGUUACGGCACCAGGCGCACAAAGAACUGUAUGCAUACAAACAAGUUAUACAGAAGGAAAAAGUCAAAGAACUAAAUUUGCAUGAGAUAUGUGCGGUGUGCUUGGAGGAGUUCAAACAGAAAGAUGAACUGGGGAUUUGCCCAUGCAAACAUGCCUUUCACAGAAAGUGCCUCAUUAAGUGGUUGGAGGUGAGAAAAGUGUGCCCGCUGUGCAACAUGCCUGUACUACAGCUUGCCCAGCAGGCUGGCACCCCAGAGCCCCCUGUGCCAAUACAGCAGCCUCUACCCGGUGUGGAGAACCUGGUGUAGCACACACAGACAUACUGUUGUGAUACACUACAAAUAUGCAUACACAUACACAUACACAUCCUAACACAUAUUUGCUCAGUUGUACAGGUACUAUUACAUACAGCAUGUGUCUGAGAACAGACAGGAGACACCAAGAGUUACUAUGCAGAGACUCGCAAAAAUGUGAAUCUACUGCUCUCCUUAAUUCUCUAAUUUUUGCCUUGGCGGAUUAAAGAAAAGGAUAUCCUAGUAUCAGUUGUUACUGAUAUUCAACUGCUAGUUCUCCUUUCAUUUUGUUCUUUUCAUGGACAAUGAUGAAGAGUUUUUAGUUUUCUUCUCAGCCAUGCCUCAGUCACUGACUGUUUCAUAACCAAAGCACUUUUCUGGGGACACCAGCGGAAGACAAGAGAACCACAAAGCCAAGAACUACAAAACUUCUCUUUUUCUUUUUUUCUUUUUUUUUUUUUCUUUUUUCUUUUUUUUUCUUUUUUUUUACUUAAUUUAAAUUUUUUUAACAUGCACUUUAUUCGAACUCAACCUUAAUUGCGUGUGAUGGUAGUAGCAAGGUCAUAUUUUCUUAUUUUUAUUAACUAUUUCUUUAUAUGUACAGAGUGAAAUGGUUUUUAAUUUUUAAUUGAGUGAACUGUGGUUUUUGAAGGAUAAAAUAUAUCUUAAAGGGAAAACAAUACCUUAGUCAGUGUAGGUGUUUCUGUGUCAGGAAAUGUGGACAGUGUUUAUAGUGUAAUUACACUCAUACACGCAUGCGCGUGCACACAUAAACAUGAACGCAAGCUCAAAGCAACUUCAGAACUUGAUUUCCAGCUAAAUGUGAAUUAGGGUUGAAGAUUUGAAUGUUUAACCGAGGAUUGAUUUCUAGUCUCUGACAUAAACACACACACACACACACACACACACACACAUAUAUAUAUAUAUAUAUAUAUAUAUAUAUAUAUAUAUAUAUAUAUAUAUAUGCAGCUAACGCCUAGGCUAUACGGUUUAUUCACAAGAGUUGUCUUUGUUACAAUGUCACUUUCAUUGCCCAGUCAAAAGAAACAACAUUACUAUUAUGUGGCAUAAAGAUGUGAAUGUUCUAGCAUAGUGCAACAAUGCUGAGAUGUUUUGGUAUAUAGUACAAGAAAAUACUGUGAAUACAGCAAGUAGAUACAGUGGAAAAACAAAUCCAGUUUCCCUUACCUCUGUACGUAAGUGCUGUUUGACAAGCACACAGGCUAUAGUCACUUCUUGCAUCAGGGACUUUAGAAUGACUUCAUAUCCAUAGUUCCCUCUGACCCACAGCCAAGGAGAUGUCAUGCUAUGUACCUCAUAAGGCCCCACUCAGCUGUGCCCCAAGCAUUACUUGUAAUUUUGGCAGAUCUUUAGUUCUUUUUUUUUUCAUUUUCCAAAUUAAAGUCUAACACAGUCCUUGUGUUCUGUUUUGGACAACCCUUAAAAUGAGUAAGACUUCUUCAGUACUAUUUGUUACACAUGUAGCCAGACUUUUAAUUCUGUUUCAGAGAACAAAAGCUUGUCAACCAAGGCAUUGUUUGACAGGAGGUAAAAUCAGCAAAUGUUUUGACAGUGCCAGAAAUGUGUCAGUUUUACUUUGUCUUGUUGUCAAUUUGCUGAUGCUGCUGAAUUAAGAAAGAAAUGUUACAUUGUUAUGCGUUAUGAUAAGGCUGUUUUUUCUUCUUCCUCAAAUUGUGAAAAAAUACAUUACUUUUGUGUCUGUCUAUCUCCAAAUGUAGUAAUCUGUAUCUCGUUCGAAAAGUAUUGGUGACUCUUAAGAGACUUGACCUAGUGAGUUUAUAGGAGACCGGAGUUAGACUAGAACAAAAUGAACUUUUUUAAUUCAACUUCUGUUUAAAAGGGGGCACUUGCAUGCAACUGCAAAAGAAAAAAAAUGGUCCUACCCUUGCUUCUAUGCUGGUACUAGAUUAUCUUUAAUCAUAUUGUAGCUAUACCGAUAGUACAACAGUAAAGCUAUCUGGUAAAGUAAUGCUACAGUAAAAGCUAGCUGUUGUGCAAAUUGGUACGUGCAACACAAUUUCUAUGCUCAGCAUAGAAAUUGUUUUUGUAAAUGUACACACUACUAAAUACCCCUGACAAACACACACACACAAACACACACAAGAGGUGUGUGUACCCACCAUCCUCAGUUGGACAGUUAGAGGUAUUAGUCAGCAGGUUGGGAUGUAGUAGUCCUGCUUUCUGGCCCCACUAUUCUAGUGCUUUCCUCCCCCUCGCUCACUGUACAAUACAGAGUGUUUGUUGUCCAGAAGCACACAGACCUCUGUGAACCAUGCUUUUGUUCAUACAUUUGGCCAUACUGAUUGCCCUCACCCACAGCAUCACUACGUAGUGUUUUGAGACUUGUUUAUUAACAAAGGUGUGUAAAAGCAUUCAUUUGAAAAGGGGCAGACCCAAAAAAGUUGAAAGCUAGAGUGUCAUUAGCUUUUCUGACCAUGGUUUAAAGACAGUUAAAUUAUCUUUAAUAACAUCCUGUUCCCAAACACUUAGUCAAUAGUCGAAUUGCAUAUGUAGGUUCCUGGACCGAUUUGGGCAGCUCAACCACAUAUUUGAGUUUUACCUGAUGAUUUGCCUUUACCGAGACCGUUCUGUCAGAAAUUGAUGCCAUACGGUGGUAUCCUACUAUGAAAUAGAAAACUAUUGGGUGCAGGACAACCAUUCAAAGAGGUUCUCAGAUAUUUUCCCCAAUGGCUUUUCCCAAUUAAAAAAAAAAAUCCAAAUGAACAGAUUAACGCAGCCAGAAAAGAAGCACACCACUUUUCUUUAUUGCCAAUAUCAAAGUCUUAUCUCAUAAAGCUGAUGAAUCAGGUGAGGUUGGAGUAAUGUUUCAUUCAUCUUGAUUGUGCUUUUCGUCCGUUGUGGUUAACAAGCUUAUUUCACUUCUAGCCAAGAGACUAAUUAAAUGUUAAAAAAUCAAAUGUGUAGUUUAUGUAGUAACACUUAAGCUACACAGAGACUAACUGUUUUGACUGACCCUUUAUCUCAAUUGAAAUCUAUGAAAUUGAGAAUUGGCUUUGAAUCACAACAAUCCCCAUUCUCUAGAUUCCCUCACUACAGGAUUGGGUAGUAUCCCUUCGAAUGCCCCUCGAGAAUAUUUCUUUCUUCUGUCACAAGGCCAAUAGUUUAGAUCAAGUCUAACAGCUUCACAGAAUGUACGGUUUAUGAAAGAUUAAAAAAAAAAUCGUGUUGACGGUGAAAGCAUGCAAUUUUGUAGACUGCCGCUGAAAUUGCCAUUGUUUAAGUGUAAAUGGAGAGUUCUAUCAGUCAUAGUGUAUUUGUACAUAAUGGAAAGUGAACUGAAGAUGCUUCCUCAUAGAAAAGAAAUGGCAGCUGAGCACUUCCUGCCAUUAACCCAACCAAGUAUUGUGUUUAAUCGUUGUCUGUCUUUCCAUCCAACCUUCCUGUUUUGUCCUGUUUGCCGUCCUAUUCCCGUUAAAGACAAAGUGCCAGGUGCCAAAUGUUGAGUGGUGAGCACAAAGUCAUAGUAAAAGCCAAUCAUGGCAUAUAGCUUAAAAUAGUAGAAAAUGUUUUGAAUAUUGUAUUUGUAAUAGGUAUAUAAAUGAAUGCCCCCCCCCCAAUUGUAGUCAUUGAUGUUGGCGCUGGCUUUUUUUUUUUUAACUGUUACCAACAGAGAAGGCACAGUUUGCAAAACCAACCUGCUUUCUUUUCGACAUCACUGACUAUUCACUGAGAUAUGAUGCCAGGGAUUUGUGACAUGGGAACCCUGUCUAUGUGAUACAUCUCGCUGUUCUAGACACAUUUUAAAGCCUUUUAAAAGUAGACUUGGUAUUUUGGCAGAAUGUCAAAAUUCAUUUAUUUGGAAAGUAACAUUAACGCGGUUAACCUGUCCCAUAAUGUGUGAAAAUUUUCAUCAUCCUAGAUAUUUCCAUGGCUCUUGUUAGACCAGACCAUUUAUGCUUUUCCAUCUGUCACUGCCUCACAGAACUGAUUUUUCUUCUUGUUUAAUGGAGUGUAUUCCUCCAUAACUCUGGUUACUAACUGCCAACUAACUUACUAACCUCCGCCUGCCGGUGCACCCAGUCCUCUUCACCAUCGGCCCAUGUCUCACAGCCUCUCUGUUGACACUAGUUAUGUUUGUGGACUCUCACAGACAUUGUUUUUAAAUGAAACUUCUGCAGCAGAAUAUUUUUGGAGACAGUUGCUGUACAGUAUUUGUAAGCUCUAUUUUUGUAUAUGUAAUUGCUAUUUUGGAGAAAAUAAAGAAUUCAAUGCAUUUUUUUUCCUUUUUUGGCUAAUUUUAUGUCUAUUCAUUUAAAAAAAAUGUUGUAUGUGACUGACUUGAACUGUAAAUAAAGUUUCCAAGUUAUGGAA